GGGCCAGCAGGGGGCGUCAUUUCAGUACAUUCAGAUCGAUGGUUCGCCGGGCGGGAUUUCCGCAAUAAUAUCAAGUAUGGCGAAGACGUACGACUAUUUGUUUAAAUUACUGUUAAUCGGCGACUCUGGUGUCGGGAAGACCUGUGUCCUCUUCAGGUUUUCAGAAGACGCCUUCAACUCAACGUUUAUCUCAACUAUAGGCAUCGAUUUCAAGAUCAGGACCAUUGAGCUUGACGGCAAGAAGAUAAAGUUGCAGAUAUGGGAUACGGCUGGCCAGGAACGCUUCCGAACAAUCACAACGGCCUACUACAGAGGAGCAAUGGGCAUCAUGCUUGUCUACGACAUCACCAACGAAAAGUCGUUUGAAAAUAUCAAGAACUGGAUAAGGAACAUAGAGGAGCAUGCAUCCUCUGAUGUUGAGAAGAUGGUCCUUGGCAACAAGUGUGACAUCAACGACAAGCGGCAGGUGUCCAAAGACAGGGGGGAGAAGCUCGCAUUGGAGUAUGGAAUAAAGUUCAUGGAGACCAGUGCAAAGGCCAACAUUAACGUGGAAAAUUCCUUUUUGACACUCGCGAGAGACAUCAAAUCAAAAAUGGACACAAAAUUGGAGGGCAACGCGGCGCACGGGAGCAGUCAUGGAGUCAAGAUCUCAGAGCCUCAGAAAAAGACCAGCUUCUUCCGUUGUAGCCUACUCUGAGGACCGAGGCCUUCGACACUGGCUGCCAGCUGGCUGGACAUAAAUGGACUGUGCUUGCUCUUAGCACUUCCUUCCCCUUCCUUCUUCCUACCCAGCCAUGGCCUGUCCUCCCAGUCCACACAAACCAUUAUAUUCCCAGUAAGCGGAGGACUUCCCUCCUCUCUUCCUCUUCUGAAAGCUUCCAGUGGUGCAUCUCUUCCAUUUUAAGGACAUCUAUUGUCUUCAUGGGUCAGAAUGCUUGACUGGUCGACAAAACAGCCAGGAGCAUUGUCCAGAUGUUCCUUAUCACACACAAGACAGGCUCUUACUCCUGAUGUUAGUCUCUUUGUAGUACGCACUCAUAUUUCACACAGCCGGUAGCACAACUGAAGAUGAGAAUGAAUUAUGUCAAGGUUUUGGGAUUGCAAAUACAAAUGUGAUGUUUAGAUCGAUUUUUAUUAGUGCUCGUUCCCUUUUUUUUGAGCGAUACAUUUCAACCAGAGACUGAAAGGCUUGAACUGUAGUGAAACAGAGUUGCACAUGCUUUCGUUACCAUUUCAAGAGUUGAGUAUCAUGUCACGCAUUAGGCAGUCAAGGAUCAGAGAGGAAUUGGAUUGAAAGGUUUUACAUUUGAGUUCUGCUCUUUGGUUUGCUUCUAGUCCUUGACAAUCAUUUCAUGCAAGUUAAAAAUGCGUGUUUCAUCUUGCCCUGAUCAUUACGCACACUGCCUCCAACGCUCUGCAAAAGCUUUCAGGUGCUGGAAGGCAGUUUGGCAACACCAAACUAUAAUCCAGAUGUCUCUGUAGAUAAAAUUAUCAGCAGAACAUUGGUGCGGUCACAUGGUUCUGUGUAGGCUUUCUCUGUUGUCGUAACCUGCAGGAAAGUAUUUUACACUGGUGUGAAAAUGUGCUAACGCGGCAUAGUUACCCACGUUUAAGUACACCGUUUAGAAAAACAUCAAGACGUGUGUAUUACAAAUAAUCCUCCAACAUUGAAUAUAGUGUAAUAAGAUGGUUGCAUUUAACAAUUUAUAUUGAUUAUUCUGCCACUUAUGUUUACUCUAUAAAACAUCAGAACAUUGUGAACGAUGCUUAAAUGGUUAAAGUUUCCAAAAGUCCAAGGUGACGUCUUUUUAAAUGUCUAAAGUGUUGCCUUUUAUUUAGACGUGGAAGGUUUUGUAGCAGCUCUGAUUCACAGUGAAGCUAAAUGACGUCUCCGGUUAUUUGAUCCGCAAUUAAAAUCACUCUUGACGUUUCGCACUGUAAGCCCCUCCUCCUCCUGCUACCCAUGCAGCUCUCCUUGCACUUUACCAGUAACUCGUGUUUUGUGUGUAGUCUGUGCCAAGUGAUAGUUUUGCAAUACAAGUGCUUAGUUAAAAACAUUUUGAGUCUUGGUGAUAUAUUGGGCAUAAUUUCUAAACUUUUUUUAUUUUUUUUCACUACACCUACUUAUAAAUGACUUGAUCUCCUUUUUGCUAUUUCACUGCUAGUGAUCCACUGUCCAGGUAUUAGUUCACUGAAAAACAUUGCUAAUGUACUUAUAUAUAUUUAUAUAAAGGAAACGUAAUUUGCCAGCCUGUUUCUAUGCUACUGCCCUGCCAAAUUGUAGUUUACAAGUGAUGUUUUCUCGGCUUAAUAUAUGAACGCUGGCUUGACCGAAUCUGAAAGGUGGUCCCACGAGUAUUAUUCUACACCUUCUCCUGCAUUUCUGUUUGAUUGUCGCCCUUUAGUUUGACAGCUAGGUGGCACAAGAGGCACAGUAUGCACUAUAACUCAAAUUUUAAUCAGUAUUUUAUUAAGCGCGUGAGCCACAGUGAACUAGACCUGUACGAUCCAAACAUGUACUCACUAUUUAACAUUGCGUCUCAAUCUAUUUCCAAUGUUCCUCAUUCCUUCAUUCAUUUGUUUCUAGUCUGAAAAUCAAACUCCUAUAUGCACAAUAUCGAUGGAGGAUCUGCUUUUGCUUGCCUGCACAUUUUUCUUUACUUUUUUUUAUCACAUAAUUUGGGACCUCCAUGACCGUUUGUCUUAACUGCUAAUACUCAGUUCUUCUGUCAUAGGUGAGCUAUGCAUUGUGAAUCUUGGACCUGUGCAUAUUUGUGUCAUGUCAUUUUCAGACAUACUUGUAGACCUGUACAGUUGAAUGUAUGGGCUUUUUGUUUGUGUGUGUGUGUGUGUGUGUCACUCACUGAGCCAAAAACAGGACUGUAGAAAUGGCAUUGCUACAACAAUGCGAGUGGAGUUUAGCACGAUGGAAGAUUACGUAGGAAGAGUUUUGGACGUUGAAAUGUGGAGAUGGUGCUGUUUUCUCAUUCGAGUGAUACUGUAGCUUUAAAUCAGAAACGGAAACAUGGGGAGCGAACCAUCAUUUUCAGCUGAAAUGAUGCUCCCUCCUUUUGUUGAUUUUGUUUUUAAAUCAUAUCCUUUAAUAAUAUACCGUGCAUCCCUUUUUACAGCCAUAUUUCCAUUCCAUCAAUUGUGAAGUACACAGGGAGAAUAAUAAAAUACAUUUUGAAAAAACUAAGAAGUGGAAAAAAAAAACAUUGUAAAUAUCACGUUGGAAAAAAAAAGAGAUCUACUUAAAUUGUACUGUACUUUCUAAACCCAUAUGAAAAUGUAUCUACAGUUUGUAGAUAUCUGUACUUUUGAUUUAAUAAAAUAAGAUUAUAAAACUUUA